AAGGCGAACGCAGGAAUACAAUGUUAGGAGACAUUAUUAAAGCCAAUCCCGAGGCUAACUAUCCCCGACCUGAAGCGGCGAUCUGCCCAGAUUCCCCAAUCUGUGCGGCACCGGAUAACGGGCAACUGUUUACCAGGAGCGCCUCGUCCAGGAGAGACACCCAGACGUCCAGCGGCAGUGCCAACCCAGAAGAGAGCAGCAUCCAGCCCCUAGUCUCAUCUGCUGCUGCCGCUGCUGCUGCCUACAUGAUGACAUCGGGUGAAUUCAUGCAGACCGCUCCUCUUUUCGUCCACAAAUCCAAGAGGAAUCUUUUUUACAAAAUGAUGUGCUUUGCCUUGCUGGUCCUGCAGGGCGGUAUCCUGGAUGUGUACCUGAUCGCCUUCACUGAUCUCUACUGGUGUUCCUGGAUUGCCACCGAUGUGGUGGUGGUGUCAGGCUGGGGCAUCUUCUUCGUAAAAAACGCCCGGAGCAAGCGAGAGCGCGCCUGUGGGUUCCACCAGAAGAGCUCCAUCUUUGGCUGCAACCUCGGGGAGUUCACCUUUGCGUAUCUGGCAUGGCUCAUAUAUGUGAUAGCGUGCACACCUAAAGUGGUGCUCAUCUUGGAGACAUCCAUCCUUGAAAUCAUUGCGAUUAAAGUGCCGUUCGGGAUCACUGGCUUCAAAAUAAUAAUGCUGCUCUCCGUGCCUCUGCUCUUCUGUCUCAUCAACUCUAUCAUCGAGGACUUCAACGGGGCGACGCGUUACCAUUCCCAAAGUUGUUUUGUGAGUAGCUGCAUGGACAUUCUGGACUGUUUCGUCCUUUUGGAAAUGCUUCUGAAGAACGAGAUUCUCAACAUCUACCUGCGGUAUACGAUCAUAUCAGUGUAUUUCGUCGCCCUUAUCGUUCCAGUCAUCUGGCUUUACGAACUGACUGCGUCGGAGAUGAACUGUCGCUGGAUUUGGGCGAGGUUUUUCCCCGGAGUACUUGUCAACGCACCUCUCCUGGUGGUCAGGUGUUUUCAGGUCUUUGUUUACAACCUGCCCGUCUCAGUGUUCAUGUUCAAGAACGUGUUCUUCUUGGGCUGGAAGUGCAUAGAGUUAAUUGAGCAAUGCUUUACCAUGAGGGGUGUCCGGAGGUACGCCAGUGGAAGCAACCAGGCCCAGUUCUCACACUGUGUUUCUGAGAACGACAUGUGCCCUCACGGAUAUGUCAACACGUUAGCUGUCAAUACUCAGUCUUAGGUGGUCCAUGCCAGCAAAGUCGGUCAAAACAUGUGACUCCACACUCGAUAUCCGAGGCAUCGGUGCAGGUGUUUAAUUUCAGCCUUAUGAAAAUUUCCAACGCUCAAUUUCCAACAGGUGCUAAAACCAAACCGUAGUCUACCAUAUGCAUUCCUACACCUGCCAAUGACUGGACUCUUUCUAAUGCCUUUACAAGAAAACUAUCCUCGUUGACCAGUGGUUGUAAUAGUGAUUUGUGAAUUGCAGUGAUUUGCACUCGUAAUAUGUGGGGCACUUUAAGAGCGAGAAUACAUUUAUUGAUCUAGUAUUACGCAGGUGCAAUAUGGAAUAUGUGGUGUUCAGUAAGAAAUGUCUGAAUUCUUUUUUGAUGUAAAUUGGUGUUUUAUACUUACAACGUAGCCUAAUGUCUCAUAAAUGUCGUGGGUUUUCCAAAACUUUGCCGACCAGUUUUCUAAAAUUAACUCUGAGAACAGAACAUCAUUGUGGACAGUUGAAUCUGUAGGCUUCUUCCUGUCCUUUUCCUUAAAUGUCUCAUGUGAGGAUUAAAAUAGUGUCGUCCACGGUGCGACCCUAGGCUAUAUAAUUAGUCGCAUAAUUAACUAGGGUACUGAUGUGCAAAAUGCAGUGCCAUUCCUGGCGUACAAGUUGCUUACAAUAACGAUAAUUUAAAACUUCACUCCUAUUUCUUAACAAAUAUUUGUGUUAAUAUUUUGUAUGAUGGCGACUGAACUCCAUUGCUUUGUCGAACUACCUCUUUGUUUUAAAAACAAAUGUCCUUGUUUGUGGAUCGAAUUCACGUGCCUGUGGAGCCGUAACCUACUUAUUGAAAGGCUUUUACUUUCCAGUUUCUGAGUCAGAAGUCCAUCAUCCAUUAUGCCUAUAAACAAUGAAGGAUGUUCCCGUGGCGGUCGUCAUAAUAACAUUUCGAUCGAUCAGACAAUCUGCCAAGGCGCACUCAAUUAUGCCAAAUCAAAAUAGAUUGGAACAAACGUGAACUGAAAAAAAACAACAAAAGAACAACACACCUUGCAAUUAUUAUGCAUGGUGUGCUUCAUUCGUGGCAUAACUAAACUUGUCCAUUAAUAUUUUGUGACAUUAAAGAGGCAGCAAAAUAGGCCAACAAAAGAAGGGAGACAAGAACUUAGUCUCUAGAAGUACAAAAUGGAGUAAACCAAUUGCAGGCAAAUCAAAUCAUUUUUUCUCCAAACUAGAAUCGGUUCCGCAUGGCUGCAUUUGAGUGAUUUAAGCGGCUGGAGUCCAGACAACCACUACUGAAAUAAUGAAAACAAAGCCAGACUGCGUUUGCCUUCCGUCAAACCGUGAUCCCUUCGAAAGAAUUAGUAAAUGAAUAUAAUGAAAUACAACUGCGAUCUGAAACACACCGCCUUAGGCGUGAUUUAUUAUGUUCUGAAAGCGACUGAAUAUGCAGGCCAGCAGUGCAUUAAGUAAAUGAAACAUGUUAUUUUGUGCCUCCUUGUGCUUUUAGGCUCUGUCCAUUUCAAAGCUCGCACGCAAAUUGAAAACUUUGUCGUUUGAGAAAGACCUACAGUGCAAUUGUGUUAAAAUUUCCCGUCACUAUUAGGUUCCCCCCAAGGGCUCUUAUUUUCUAGACAUGUUCUGAAUAUCAUAACAAAGUCUUUAAAGGUAUACUAAAAUUCAAAAGGUUAAAUCAAAGAGGAAUACAAAAACAUUCAUUCUUUUUUAACAUAUUAAUGAUCUACUCAAUGUAAAAAGUAGAGUAGAGUGAGUAGCGCACUAGUUUGCAAUGCAUUGGAUUUAGCAUUAUGAAAGAGUCCGCUAUAAAUAUAUAGGUGAAAAGCACAGUAAAUGGAAACCUACCAAAGAAAGUGGUGAAGUAGUACAGAGUAGGUUGUUGAACAUUUGUUUAAAACAAACAUAAAGGAUGCACACACAGACUUUUCCACAAAAUCAGUUUCUCUGACCACACAAUUGUUUGUGAAUUGUUGGCAGAACAUAUGUCCAGAUUCCACUUGUUUACCGAAAGUAUAUCAUAUGUGUAUAACAACAUGUAUAUCUGUAAACUGAUAUGAAUCUUUUUUAAGUACUUACUAUAUGUACGAUCAAAUAUGAAAUAAUAAGCAAUCAAAAUAAACAAAUAAAACAUG